GUCUCAAUUGCAGGCCCUCACCACCAGCCUGACGCAGCUGCACGAGAAGCAGAUGCAGGACCAGCCAGCGGCGUCGCCCUUGUCAGCUGGCCCCGCGGCGCCGCCCGGAAGCCCCGACCAUCUCACCAAGGCCCAGGCCCAGGCCCGAGUCAAGUACCUGGAGGCGGCCUUGGCUGCGCUCCCGCCGGACGAUGCCGAGUUGGCGAAGCGCCGGGUCCACGGCGUCCUGCCCAUCGGCGCGAGGCUCGACGGCGCCCGCGCCGCCCUCGAGCGCUCCCGCCGCCGCCAGGCCGAGGCGGCUCAGGCCGUCGAGGCGGCCCAGCUGCUCCACCAGCAGGCGGCCGAGGAGGUUGCCGGGCUGGAGCGCGAGGUCCACGACAUCGAGGCUUCCGUGGCGUCCGGCACGGGCACGGGCUCGGCCGAGAUGGAUCUUGCCCUGGAGUCGGCGGCGACGCCAGUCGACCAGGCGCACGCCGCCCUUGACGAGAUGGUCACGAAUCUUGCGAGCGACUCGUGCGUGCACCCCGCCCACGUCGAGGCGGCCAGGGAGCACGUGAAGCAGUUGUUCGAUGGCUUCAGCCUGACGUUGCAGCAGGCCGAGGCCACGCGGGCCGCGGCAGCCGGAGCUCCGAUCCAGCCUGUCGAGAGGCGGCACGUGGUGAAGUCUCCGCCGGCAGCGCCCAUGCCAGCGCAGGCAGGAGCCCUGGUACGCCACCACGGCAAGCAGCCGCGGAAGGAGUUGAUCACCGACUUCUUCACCAGGAAGAAGGUCAUCCGCACCAUCGGCAAGGCACUCUCAGCGAACGUCAAGACGUUGGAUCCUGCUGGUGUUCGUCGCGCCAAGAAGCUUGGCCUGAACACUAGUAGCAAGAUGGAGUACCUGGACGGUGCGUUCGCCGCCGCUGGCUACAACAUCAUUGGCGUGCAGGAGUCUUGCGUGGGUGGCGACGUCACCCGGGAGCAAACGCAGCACGUCGUCUACACUUCUGGCGCCACGCCGGAGGGACAUUUCGGAGUUGAAUCUUGGAUUGCGCGCUCCCUCGUUCUGGCUGCCCGUGUGCAGCCUCAGGCCAUCUCUCCCCGACUACUGGUGGUGCGGCUUGACAGCUCACAGUGUUCUUUCACACAUGUGGUUGCCCACGCACUUGUUCAACAAGCUACUGAUGCCGACAGGUCGGCCUUCUGGGACUCCCUCAAGGCCGCCUUGUAUGCCAUUCCGCCUACACGCAUGGUGUUUCUCUCCAUCGAUGGCAACGCCACGCUCGGCUCCAUCACGUCUUCGGCUAUCCCGUUUCAGGACGGUACGGCCGAGAACAACAACGGCAGGUGUCUGCGGGAAGCCAUGGAGGAGGCCGUGUUGGUCCUGUCCUCAAUGGCCACACCCGAGGUCCUCCCAACGUGGUUCGGAGGCCUCUUGCAGCACGAGGGUCGUCGUAACGACUACGUGGCCGCUUCCCUGGACGUUGCCGACCACUUCGCCCAGGCGGGCGUCGACCAUGGCGUGCAUCUCAGCGGCAAGGACUCGAUCGACCACUUGCUCACUUACGCCGAGUUCCUUGUGCCCUGCCCUUGCGACACCUCCGUUGCGGUCCACGCUUCACCGCGCUCGCCGGGCGCUCCGGCAGCAGACACUCGCGUGUCUAUGGGCGUGGUGGUGCCGCGCUACCCGACGGGCUCCGCGGCCUUCUUCUCGGAGACGCUGUACGAUUUCGACUUCUGGGCUGCUUUGAUCGCCGUCGAAGCCGAGCAGGCCGCUGCUGUUCAUGAUUCUGGAGCUCUGCAUGCACUCACUCGUCGCCUCCGCACUGGCCACGACCGACCUCAUCGCGCGGUCAAGGACGCCAGUGGCAACCUUCUGACCGACGACUCGGGCAUCGACCAGCGGUGGACUGAGCACUGGUGCCAGCACCUCGCUGGCAGCACCCCCCCGUUCUCCGAGUUAUUGGUUGCCGACUCCGCUGAAGCUGUUGCUCCUGACGUUCCGCGUGCACCGCCGUUGUCGCUCGACUACGUCGAGUCCCUCCUUCGGGUCUCCAAGGGGCGCAAGGCCACCGGGCCUGACGGCGUGGGCCCUGGUGCAUGGAAGGCAGGCGGUGAGCCGGCCGCAUUGCUCAUGCAGGCUGUCCUCAACUCCACCCGCGCGCACUGCAAGGCACCCACUCUCAUGAAGGGCGGCCGCAUGCAGGAUCUGCGGAAACGCAAGGGCGAGCGCACCGACACUGCGAACAGUCGCGGUCUCCUCAUCCAGACCCACGCGGGGAAGGUGCACGGGGCCACGCUGAAGGGCGCAUUAGAACCUCACUACCCCCACGCCGUCGCCGACACGCAGCGCGGUGCCGUCGCAGGCCGCGGGGCCGCUGCCGCUGGGCUCACUGCCGAGCUGCACGCCGACAUGUGCCGCUCCCGUCGGCAAUGCUUCGUCCGUCUCUUCGUCGACCUGACCGCUGCCUUUGACACGGUUUGUCGAGAGUUGGCGAUGGUUCAACCUACCGACGAUCCUGAUCGUGUCCGUGCCGCGCUCAGCGGCGCGGGCUUCCCCAUGGCCGUGCUGGAGCAGGUGGCCGAAUUUAUCCAGACGCACGGUAAUCUUCUGCGCGCCGCCGGUGUUCCUGCUGACGCGGCUGCCCUGGUCGCCGACAUGCACGCGAACACGUGGCUCAGCGUGCAGAAGGGCGCGACGAAACCGGGCGCCAUCGUCGUGCGCACCACCAAGGGCGCGCGGCAGGGUUGCAAGAUUGGGGCUUUAAUCUUCAACGUGAUUUACGAGUAUGCUCUGAAGAAGGUCCGACAGCGGGCCCGCGAUGCUGGUCUCGUACUUCUCGUUGAAGCUGCUGCCGGCCAGUGCCCUUGGCGCGUCUCUCCUGAAGCUCUCCUAGCGAGUCCGGCUGCCGAGCCCAACCCGGGCGUUUCUGCGGACCUUUUCGACAUCACGUUUGUGGACGACGUCCUGCCGUUGGAGAUCGUCAUCGACGCAUUCGCCGAGCGCGGCCGCCAGUGCAACCUCAAGGAGGGCAAGACGGAAGUCUCCUUGCACCUGGUAGGCAAAGAAUCUCGCCGAGUGCGCUCCUCCCUCUACGACCCCGAGCUCAAGCGUCACAUGCUGCGCACACUGGACGGCUCCCGAGCAGCGGUUGCGACGAACCGCUACAAGCACGUGGGCACAGUCCGCACAGUGAACGGCUCCUACGUCGCUGAUGCGCGUGCUAAGGCCACUUCCUGUUUGCAGGCCUAUUACCCUCUGGCGCACCGCGUCUACGGCAACUACGACAUCGAUCUGCGCACGAGGCUCUCCCUGGCAGAUUCGCUCUGCUUCUCGAAGCUGUGGUUCGGCACCGAAACAUGGCUGAACCCUUCUCCUGACGCCGUCCGGCAUCUUCACAGCGCUCGCAUGCGCGUGCUUCGUCAGGUGGCCAACCGCUGCCGGUUCAAGCGGUCCGGACACGGCUCGGACCGGGAG